GUGAUGAAAAUCUCACGCAAAAUACGCCUUGUUUAUUAUUUCUGUUUUCACGAUGGCUGUAGCCAUAUUUUUUCUUGUGUUUGGAAUAGUGCAGGCUCAAACAAACAAAGAUGUUCUAGAUCUCUAUCGAUACAAAUAUCAAGGAAAUGGAAUGUUUUAUGAAGCUACCCACGGAGGGACGUGUAGCUACGAUCCUCCAAGCAUGCCUCCCGUUGCUCAGAACAUCGAUAGGACGAUAGCCAUCAAUGCUGGUCAGUUUUACAGAGGCUAUGGCUGUGGCGUCUGCUACAGGGUUAACAUGUCGGGUAAAUAUAAUGGAGGCUUGCCGAUCGAUGGAACAUUUACAGUUUUUGUAAAGGAUUUUUGUCCAAACUGUAUGCCUGGGGUACCCGCAUUACCUGAGAAUGUUGAUGGGUUGUUGGGGUUGGAAAUGCAGGCAAUACAAUGUCCUGUAGGAAACUCAACACUCGAGUACAAAUUUCAAGGGAGCAGUCCUUAUUACAUCAAGCUUCAAGUCAGAAAUGCAAGAAUUCCUGCCACCAAAGUAGAAUUCUUUCAACCGAAGUGGCAAAAUUGGGCCACCCUUGCUCACACCCAUGAUGGAUUCUGGACAUUUGGUGUGGAUCCUAUUGAGAGACCUGUCAAGGCGCCUUUCCUCAUUCGACUUACUGCCGCUAAUGGAGAUAGAGUCGUUGACUCAGUGCCCGAAUUAGUAAAUGGAGUUGUCUUGCAAGGCCAAGGAAAACAAUUUGAAUUUGAUCCUAACUUACCUAAGUAA